CCAAAUAUUAAUAUUUCCCCCUGAUCACUCACUCUUGCUCUUCCUCAACCACUCCACUCUUCUUCACAUACGCAUUUCUCCUCUCAAUCUCACUCUAAACCAUGGAAACCAACUCGAUUUCCACACGGGUUUUGUUGCUUUUCAUUGCACUUCAGUUGGGUUGCCAAUUGAUUUCGUGUUCGGUCACGUAUGAUGGCAAAGCCAUUGUUAUUAAUGGUCGAAGAAGGAUCCUUAUGUCGGGUUCAAUACAUUAUCCCAGAAGUACUCCUGAGAUGUGGGAAGAUGUUAUUAUGAAGGCUAAAGAAGGAGGAUUGGAUGUCAUUGAAACUUAUGUGUUUUGGAAUGUUCAUGAACCUUCUCCUGGCAAUUAUAAUUUUGAAGGGAGAUACAAUUUAGUGAGAUUCUUAAAGACGGUACAAAAAGCAGGCCUCUAUGCUCAUCUCAGAAUUGGACCUUAUGUUUGUGCAGAGUGGAAUUUUGGAGGAUUUCCAGUUUGGUUGAAGUAUGUGCCUGGCAUUAGUUUCAGAACUGAUAAUGAGCCAUUUAAGAGGGCUAUGAAAGGGUUCACUGAGAAAAUUGUGAAUAUGAUGAAGUAUGAAAAGCUGUUUGAAUCCCAAGGAGGCCCAAUCAUUCUCUCUCAGAUAGAGAAUGAGUAUGGGGCACUAGAUAAGAAAUUUGGAGCUGCUGGAUAUAACUACAUGACUUGGGCUGCCGAAAUGGCCGUUGGAUUGCGGACAGGUGUCCCUUGGAUCAUGUGCAAACAAGAGGAUGCCCCGGACCCUAUUAUAAAUACAUGCAAUGGUUUCUAUUGUGAUGCUUUCAAACCCAACAAGCCAUACAAACCAACAAUUUGGACCGAGGCAUGGACUGGAUGGUUUACUGAAUUUGGUGGUGCGGUUCACAAGAGGCCCGUUCAAGAUUUGGCGUUUGCUGUUGCACGAUUCAUCCAAAAGGGCGGGUCGUUUGUCAAUUACUACAUGUACCAUGGAGGCACGAACUUUGGGCGAUCUGCAGGAGGCCCUUUUAUCACUACUAGUUACGAUUAUGAUGCUCCACUGGACGAAUAUGGCUUGAUCAGACAGCCGAAGUAUGGCCAUUUAACGGAGCUUCACAAAGCGAUCAAAAGAUGUGAACCAGCUUUAGUUUCUGGAGAUCCUACCGUCUUCUCUUUAGGAGCCAAUCAAAAGGCGCACGUAUACUAUUCCAAAUUAGGACAUUGUGCAGCAUUUCUAUCUAACUAUGACACGGCUAAUGCCACGCGCGUGACGUUCAAUAACAAGCACCAUAACUUGCCUCCAUGGUCCAUCAGUAUUCUUCCCGAUUGUAACAAUAUCGUCUUCAACACAGCCAAAAUUGGAGUUCAAUCGACACGAAUGGCGAUGUUACCAACCAACUCUCAGAUAUUAUCAUGGCAGACAUAUAGUGAAGAACUAACCACUAGUGAUGAAGACUCUGCUUUCACCACAUUUGGUCUUUUGGACCAAGUGAAUGUCACUAGAGAUGCUAGUGAUUAUCUUUGGUAUAUAACUAGUGUUGAUGUCGGGCCAUCUGAAUCGUUCUUUCAUGGCGGGGAGCAUCCAAAGCUCUUAGUGCAGUCAACUGGGCACGCUCUUCAUGUGUUCAUAAACGGAGAACUUUCAGGUUCGGCUUUUGGAACAAGGGAAAAUAGGAGAAUCAAAUACAAGAAUAAGAUCAAACUCCGUUCUGGAGUGAACCGAAUUGCGCUACUUAGUGUUGCCAUGGGAUUAUCGAAUAUUGGGGGACAUUAUGAGAGUUGGGAGACCGGAGUACUAGGUCCAGUGGUUCUAUAUGGUCUUGACCACGGAAAACGGGACUUGACCCACGCCAAAUGGUCUUACCAGGUUGGUUUAAAGGGUGAGGCCAUGGAUGCUGUUUCCACAACCGGCAUGUCUUCUGUUGAAUGGGAGGAAAGUUCGCUAAUCACUCAAAAGAACCAACCACUAACAUGGCACAAGGCUUACUUCAAUGAACCUAAUGGCAAUGAACCGUUGGCACUAGACAUGCAUAGUAUGGGGAAGGGUCAAGUGUGGAUCAAUGGUCAAAGCAUUGGACGGUAUUGGACUGCUUAUGCAACUGGUGAUUGCCGGCGGUGUCAUUAUAAUGGGAAUUAUCGCCCUACUAAGUGUCAAGUUGGUUGCGGUCGACCAACCCAACGAUGGUACCAUGUACCCAGAUCAUGGUUAAAACCAACAGGCAAUAUAUUGGUACUUUUUGAAGAACUCGGGGGCGAUCCAAGGAGGAUUACACUAACAAAGAGAUCAAUGACAAGUGUAUGUGCUGAUAUGUUUGAAUACCACACAAACAUCACGAACUGGCAGACUGAAAGCAACGGGAAAACACUACCAAUUCGUAGACCAAAAAUUCACCUUCAGUGCGGCCCAGGUUUAUUAAUAUCUUCGAUUAAAUUUGCAAGCUUCGGAACUCCUAUCGGAACGUGCGGUACCUUCCAAAGAGGAACCUGCCAUGCCCGCGCUUCGUACGGUGUUGUUAGCAAGAGGUGCAUAGGAAAAGAGAGAUGUGCAGUCACCAUAUCAAACAACAACUUUGGUCAAGACCCGUGUCCAAACACAUUGAAACGAUUGACCGUUGAAGCUGUUUGCGGUCCGACUUCAAGGGGUUGAGCUGAACACGCCAAACGUCCCAACUAAUCCGACACCAAUAUUUAUUUAGAUUAGUUUCUUCACAGGGUUUUUUUUUUUCAUUUAAUCAUAGUUAGAAAUGCUAGUUUACAUAAGUUAGUGAACUGAACAUCAUGGAGAGUUUUCUGUGCAGUUCAUGGGGAUAUAUAAAUAAAUUUUGUGUGGUCAAAGUCAAUUGUUAAGCUAUUGUUACAAAUAA